UGUUUCCCCCAUAGUUCUCGCAAUACGAACAAAUUCUUAAACACAUUAAUAUAUGUUUAAACGGAACAAAUAUCGUACUUUUUUUCAGUCGCUGAAAUGCCGACCUCAUCAGGGGCUUUUACGUCUCGGACGGUGGAUGGUUUGAAGAGGUACAAUGCUCUGCCUCCUAUCCCAAGUCCACCGGUCCAGGAGGGAGAGUCAGGCCUUCCAGAGAGCAGGCUGGCCGUGAGGAGAAAACUCCUGCGACACAGAAGGAGCAAGGAACAGCGACAACAGCUCCAAAAAAUGAUAGUUGACAGGGCAAUGCAAGCUUACAUGAGGGCCAAGGAAGCAGGACCGGCAUCUCCUUCAUCUCCUGAACCAGAGCUUCCCUCAACAAUGAUCAAUGAAGAGAGGAAACGAUAUAUGAACUACUUGUUCCUGAAAGAGUGUGUUGAGCAAAGUCCUGUCGCGCCGUUUCAGCCACAGUGGCUGGAUGCCAUGUUGGCCCGUGUGUCCCAUCGGCUCCUUCAGGGGCCCGGCAGACAAGAGUUGCUUGAGGACAUAUGCAAGGAGGUCGGUGACACCUAUCUCAGAGUCAUGAUCAAGCACAGAGUAAGCACUAUACUGAAAGAUCCACAGUCAACUGACACAAUUUCUCAAGACAGCAACAGAUCUGAGAUUCUAGAUUUCUCCUGUCCAUGGCAUGACAGCUUUGUGCAGAGUCGAAAAGAGAUACAGAAGAAUCUACACAUAUUGCAUCCAGCCAUGAAGAGUGUCCUUGAUAUUUGCUACAGCACAUUCUCCCACCUGCUCCUUAUUGAUCUCUCAGACUGCAGGUCCACAGGGCCUAUAGACUGUGAGAGUCUGAAGAACAAAGUGGCUGUGGAGUGUGAGAGAGUCGAGGACAGACUCAUGAAAUCAUGGUUUCCCAAAGUCAUUCACCUGCUCACCAGCAAAGACACUCUGCAGAAUGUCAAACCCAAAAAGCUUGACUCCUUUUACAACUGUGCCUCAACUCUUAUAUCUAAUCAGCUAAAGGCUCUAGUUGAGAGGAGUGUGGUGGCAUUUGUCAGCUUGUUUGAUCCCCUCAACAUCAGCAAACUCCCCCUAUUCAAGAUGGACUUAAUAUUUGAUGACGAAAGGAUGGAUUUUUAUCCUAAUUUUCAUGAUCUAGAGCAGGCUGUGCUUGAAAUUGCAAACCUGAUCAGCAGUACCAUGCAGAAAGUGCAGACGAUCCAGUCAUGGCUAGCAGAGGUCAACAUUUCUGUAGUGGAUGCCAAGCUCUCAGAUCAUGUUCAGAUGUGGGCAGAGACCACUCUUAGGAAUGCUGUAAGGAUAAACUUGGAUGGACCCGCUAAACACUUCCAGAGUUAUGUUGACAGCUAUGACUGGUUGGUCAAUGGGACGGCACAGUCUCAAGUGGAAAAAUUAAUGGAAGAAGAGCAUUCUUUUGAUGAGUACACUAAGCAAGUGGAACGGUUUCGGGCAUUGUCGCAAGAGAUAUCUGGUCUUCCCUCUUUGAUCCAUUUUGACAUGGUGCGACUGGACUGUGAGGAGCUCAAACAAGGUCUUGCAAAGAAAGCGAAAACCCUUUCCGAAAUCAUUGUGGGGAAGCUCGUCAGCUCACACCAUCAAUGCAGUCUUCAGAUUUGUAAAGAGUUUGAGGCCAUUCAGGACAGGGCUUUGAAAGUCCCUGAAACAACAGAGGACAUGAUAGAAAUGAUUACUUACAUUAAUGAGGUGAAAACCAAGGAAUUAGAGGAGCUCAACAAUAAGAUAAUGGAAACACAACACAGGAUGAAUUAUUUGAUGGACGUACAUAUUUUUGAUGCAGAGCACCUUGAACUGAAUGCCACAGUAGUGCUCUGGCCACAAAACAUUUACCCGAUCUUCGAUCAAAGUGAUGAGGUGAUGGAUGAAGCCAAGCAAAAGGGUCAGCAAGAACUUAUGGGUCGAAGAGAGAAGCUGCUGCUAGAACUAGAGAAAGUAGGCCGCAGGAUGGAGGAAUUUGCAGAGUGCUCUGAACUCGAUAUGAUUCAACAGUAUGCUUCUGAUGUGAGAGCAGUGCAGAAAAGAAUCCAGGACAUUGAGGAAUCAAUUGUCUUUAUCAACAAAGAAGAAGCCCUUUACAAUUGGGAACAAACCUUAUACCCAGAGGUGGAGGUGAUCAAGGAAACUAUUGAGCCAUAUCAGAAGCUCUUCAACUUGGUUCUGAAAUGGCAACGCACAAGAAAGAGAUGGAUGGACGGGUCUUUCUUGGAUUUGAAUGGUGAGAGUAUAGAGCUGGAGGUUGAGGAGUACAUCAGAGAAAUAUACAAGAUGCUGAAGUUCUUCCUGCAGAAACAAAAGAAGGCUGCGCAAGAAAAGGAGAAAAAGGCAGGACAAAAGAGGAAGCCCAAAGAGGAAGAGGAGGACAAACAGGAGAGUGCCACUGUUCUCAUCUGCUCAAGUGUUGUAGAGCAGGUCAAAGAGUUCAAGGAGUACAUUCCAAUGGUGUCCAUCCUGUGUAACCUCGGCAUCAGACCUCGGCACUGGGAGCAAAUGUCAGAAAUUGCAGGCCAUGACUUGACCCCUGAUUCUGGCAGCACUCUGCGAAAAAUCCUCAAGCAGAACCUCACCCCGUACCUGGAACUUUUUGAGAGCAUCAGUGCAGGAGCCAGCAAAGAAUUCGCACUGGAGAGGGCCAUGCAUAAUAUGGUGGAGGUUUGGGAUACGGUGUCAUUUCAUUAUCAUCCAUACAGGGACACUGGCGUGUCCAUCCUUUCCUCUGUGGAUGAGAUUCAAACUAUGCUAGAUGACCAGAUCGUGAAAACCCAAACCAUGAGAGGCUCUCCUUUCAUCAAGCCUUUCGAGACAGAAAUUAAGGUCUGGGAGGAGCGUUUGAUCCGUAUCCAAGACACUAUAGAUGAGUGGCUGAAGGUACAACAUCAGUGGCUAUACCUGGAGCCCAUCUUCAGCUCAGAGGAUAUAAUGAAGCAGAUGCCUGAGGAGGGCUGUCUCUUCCAGAUUGUAAACAAACACUGGAAGGAGGUCAUGACACAUUGUGUGAAGGACCCAAAGAUUUUACCUGCAACAUCUCUUCCUGGCUUGUUUGAAAAACUGCAAGAGUCCUACAACCUCCUUGAGAACAUUAUGAAGGGCUUGAAUGCAUACCUUGAAAAGAAAAGAUUGUUUUUUCCACGAUUCUUUUUCCUGUCAAAUGAUGAGAUGCUGGAGAUUCUCUCAGAAACCAAAGAUCCCAUGCGAGUGCAGCCUCACUUAAAGAAAUGCUUUGAGGGCAUCGCCAAACUGGACUUCCUGCCCAACCUGGACAUCCAAGCCAUGUACAGCAGUGAGGGGGAGCGUGUGGAGCUCAUCGAGAAGAUCUCUACCUCUGAAGCACGUGGAGCUGUGGAAAAGUGGCUGGUGCAGGUGGAAGACAUCAUGCUGAGAAGCAUCAGGGAUGUGAUCAAUCGCUCCAGGCUGGCUUAUCCAGAGACUAAAAGGAGUCAGUGGGUACGUGAGUGGCCUGGACAGGUGGUCCUCUGUACUUCUCAGAUGUACUGGACACUGGAGGUACAUGAGGCCAUCAGGAGCGGAGCUAAUGGUCUGAAGAACUACUAUGAGCACCUGCAGAAUCAGCUGAAUGAUAUCGUGGAGCUGGUGAGGGGGAAGCUGCCCAAGCAGACACGCACCACUCUUGGAGCCCUAGUGACUAUAGAUGUGCAUGCCAGGGAUGUUAUCAUGGAGAUGAUAGAGAAAGGAGUUUCAAGUGAGACCGAUUUCCAGUGGCUUGCCCAGCUACGUUACUAUUGGGCUAAUGACAAUGUUCGUGUCCGCAUUAUAAACUGUGAUGUCAAGUAUGCUUAUGAAUACCUUGGAAACUCUCCUCGCCUGGUCAUCACACCGCUAACAGACAGAUGCUACCGAACUUUGAUUGGAGCAUUUUUCUUAAAUUUGGGUGGAGCUCCUGAGGGACCUGCAGGCACAGGCAAAACUGAAACCACCAAAGAUCUGGCCAAAGCCCUUGCUGUUCAGUGUGUGGUGUUUAACUGCUCAGAUGGCCUUGACUACCUAGCCAUGGGGAAGUUCUUCAAGGGAUUGGCAUCUUCCGGUGCCUGGGCAUGCUUUGACGAAUUUAACCGGAUUGAGUUGGAGGUGCUGUCGGUGGUGGCUCAGCAGAUCCUGUGUAUUCAGAGGGCCAUCGAAAUGAGACUUGAAUAUUUUGACUUUGAGGGCACAGAGUUACGCCUCAACCCCAACUGUUUUGUCGCCAUCACCAUGAACCCUGGAUACGCUGGCCGAUCUGAACUUCCUGAUAACCUCAAGGUCUUGUUUAGAACAGUGGCCAUGAUGGUGCCCAACUAUGCACUGAUCGCUGAGAUCUCCUUAUACUCGUAUGGCUUCCUCAAUGCUAAGCCUCUCUCAGUGAAGAUUGUGAUGACCUACAGGCUGUGCUCUGAGCAGCUAUCUUCUCAGUUUCACUAUGACUAUGGAAUGAGAGCUGUUAAAGCAGUGCUGGUGGCUGCUGGCAACCUCAAACUCAAAUUUCCAGACGAAAACGAGGAUAUGCUUCUUCUCCGAUCCAUCAAGGAUGUCAAUGAGCCCAAGUUUCUCUCCCAUGAUAUCCCUCUUUUCAAUGGAAUCACCAGUGACCUGUUCCCAGGAAUUUCUCUGCCUGUGGCAGAUUAUAAGUUGUUCCUGGAAUGUGCUGAAAAGUGCUGCAAAAAGCACAAUGUGCAACCUGUCAAGGCUUUCCUGGACAAAAUGAUUCAAACUUAUGAGAUGAUGAUAGUUCGUCAUGGGUUCAUGCUUGUCGGAGAACCAUUUGCUGGAAAAACCAAAGUACUUCAUGUUCUUGCUGAUACUUUGACCCUGAUGAAUGAGUGGGGUUAUAAUGAAGAAGAAAAAGUUGUGUACCAAACUGUCAAUCCUAAAUCUAUUACGAUGGGCCAACUCUUUGGUCAGUUUGAUCCCGUGUCCCAUGAGUGGACUGAUGGGAUUGUGGCAAACACCUUUCGGGAAUUUGCCUCCAGUGAGACCCCAGACAGGAAAUGGGUGGUGUUUGAUGGCCCCAUAGACACGCUGUGGAUUGAAAGCAUGAACACUGUGUUGGAUGACAACAAAAAGCUAUGCCUCAUGAGUGGGGAGAUUAUUCAGAUGUCCAAUCAGAUGAGUCUGAUUUUUGAGGCCAUGGAUUUGUCGCAAGCCUCUCCAGCCACAGUGAGUCGCUGUGGAAUGAUCUACAUGGAGCCAUCUCAGCUAGGAUGGUCUCCUCUAGUGCUAUCAUGGAUGAGAACACUUCCUGACCCACUUCAGGCACAAGACAAUUCCACGCUACUGCAGCAGCUCUUUGAGUGGUUACUUCCUCCGGCACUUGUUUUGUUACGCAAGCAAUGCCGGGAGGUCAUUCCCACUAGCAACAGUAAUACUGUUGUAUCUCUCACACGACUCUUUGAAAUGCUGCUGACUGGACCUUUAAAUGAAGACCCAGGGAACAAAAACAUACGCACAUGGAUCAUGGCAGCUUUUGCCUUUGCCCUGGUGUGGUCUGUCGGUGGUUGCUGUGAUACAGACAGUCGCACUCGAUUUGAUCAGUUUCUGAAGGAAAUUAUCUCAGGAAAUGCAGAGGACUACCCCAUACCUGCUACUGUGUCGAGAUGGGAAUGUCCCUUUGACGAGAAAGGUCUUGUCUAUGACUACAGUUAUGAGUUCAAAGGAAAAGGACGUUGGGUACACUGGAAUGAGUCGAUCAGAAAUGUACCAUUAGGGGACAAAAAUACCAAAGUACAGGAUAUCAUUGUCCCCACAAUUGACACUGUACGAUACACUUAUCUAAUGGAUCUCUGCAUUCAAUAUGGGGUACCUCUUUUGCUCGUCGGCCCCACUGGCACUGGAAAGUCUGUUUAUGUGAAAGAAAAAUUGAUGAACAAUCUCGACAAAGACCUUUUCCUUCCCUUCUUCAUCAACUUCUCAGCUCGCACCAGUGCCAGUCAGACCCAGAACAUUAUUAUGUCCAGGCUAGACAAAAGGCGAAAGGGAGUGUAUGGACCUCCCAUGGGAAAGAAAUGCAUCAUUUUUGUGGAUGACAUGAAUAUGCCAGCAAAAGAGGUUUUUGGUGCACAACCUCCAGUUGAGCUGCUUCGUCAGUAUUUUGACCAUGGGAACUGGUAUGAUCUCAAGGACACCUCAAAAAUCACACUUAUGGACAUACAACUGAUCUCUGCGAUGGGCCCCCCUGGUGGUGGGAGGAAUGCAGUGACUCCUCGUUUCCUUCGCCAUUUUAACAUCUGCAGUAUCAAUUCAUUCAGCGAUGAGACCAUGGUGCGCAUUUUCUCUAAUGUUGUGGCCUUUUACCUCCGGACCAAUGAUUUCCCACCUGACUGCUUCACGAUUGGCAAUCAGAUAGUCACUGCAACACUUGAGGUUUAUAAAAAGGCCAUAGAAAAUCUCCUUCCCACUCCAGCUAAGUCUCAUUACACUUUCAACCUAAGAGAUUUCUCAAGAGUGGUGCAGGGCUGCCUGCUACUGAAGAAGGAAUCACUUGCGAACAAGCGAACAAUGAUCCGGCUUUUUGUACACGAAGUUUACCGUGUCUUUUAUGAUCGCCUUGUGGAUGACCAGGACCGAGCCUGGCUCUUCAAACUCAUAAGCAAUAUUGUGAAGGAACAUUUCAAGGAGAACUUUGAAACAGUCUUUGAACAUCUUAAGGAUGGUAACAAACUUCUGUGUGAUGAGAAUAUGCGGAACUUGCUAUUUGGCGAUUAUAUGACCCCUGACGUGGAUGAAAGUGAGAGGCUCUAUGCAGAGGUUCCCUCUAUUGAGCGUUUUGGUGAGGUGGUGGAAGCCUGUCUGGAGGAGUACAACCAAACUCACAAGAACCGCAUGAACUUGGUCAUAUUCCGUUACGUCCUAGAGCACCUGUCCAGGAUCAGCCGUGUGUUAAAACAGCCAGGGGGAAAUGCUCUGUUGGUUGGAGUUGGAGGCAGCGGCCGUCAGUCCAUCACCAGACUCGCUACUUUCAUGGCUAAUAUGACGUUGUUCCAGCCUGAGAUCUCCAAAAGCUAUGGCAUGAAUGAAUGGAGAGAUGAUCUGAAGCGCCUGAUGAAGAAUGCCGGAGUAAAGGACCAGAAAAUGGUGUUCCUGCUCACUGAUGCUCAGAUAAAGGAUGAAGCCUUUUUAGAAGAUGUGGACAGCAUUUUAAACACAGGAGAGGUACCAAAUAUUUUUGCUGUGGAUGAGAAGCAAGAAAUCAUGGAGGCUGUACGACCCAUUGCUCAGGCUGGGAAUAAAAAUUUGGACUUUAGCCCUCUGGCUCUGUUUGCUUAUUUUGUGACUCGCUGCAGAGAGAACCUACAUAUAGUAGUGGCCUUCAGCCCAAUAGGAGAUGCCUUCCGAAACCGCCUCAGACAGUUCCCUUCCCUCAUUAACUGCUGCACCAUAGAUUGGUUUCAGCCAUGGCCUGAAGAGGCUUUGGAGCGAGUGGCUAAUAAGUUUUUGGAGACACUGGAGCUGAGUGAUCUUGAGCGUCAGGAAGUCGUGCCAAUCUGCAAGACCUUCCAUACUUCUGCUAUUGAUCUGUCUCACAGGUUUUUGUCAGAGCUGGGUCGCCAUAACUAUGUGACUCCUACUUCCUACUUGGAGCUCAUAGCUGCCUUCAGGCUUCUUCUCACUCAAAAACGAGACAAUGUUAUGAGUGCUAAAAACAGAUAUACAAAUGGACUGGACAAAUUAGCUUUUGCAGAGUCUCAGGUGAGUGAAAUGAAGAAGGAGCUGGUGGACUUGCAGCCUAAACUUGAGCAGGCUAAGAUUGACAACACCAAAAUAAUGAAAGUGAUAGAGGUUGAGUCAGUGGAGGUUGAGGCGAAAAGCAAACUUGUCCGUGCGGAUGAAGAAACGGCUACUCUAAAAGCAAAUGAAUCCCAGGCUUUGAAGAAUGAGUGUGAGAGUGACUUGGCUGAGGCCAUCCCUGCACUGGAGGCUGCGCUGUCUGCCCUGGACACACUCAAGCCGGCUGAUGUGACCAUUGUAAAAGCAAUGAAGAACCCUCCAGCAGGAGUGAAGCUGGUGAUGGCAGCGGUGUGUGUAAUGAAGGACAUCAAACCAGAGAAGAUCAAUGAUCCCUCCGGAACCGGACAGAAGAUUCUUGACUACUGGGGUCCAAGCAAGAAGCUGCUUGGGGACAUGAAUUUCCUCAAAGACCUGAAGGAAUAUGACAAAGACAACAUCCCUACUCAAGUGAUGCAUAAAAUCCGUAGUGAGUACAUGACCAACCCUGACUUUGACCCCACCAAAGUGGCCAAGGCCUCAUCUGCUGCCGAGGGGCUUUGCAGAUGGAUCACUUCAAUGGAGGUUUAUGACAGAGUGGCAAAGGUGGUGGCACCUAAGAAAGCUAACCUUAUUGUAGCCCAGGAAUCCCUGGCCACCACCAUGGCCCUGCUGAACCAGAAGAGGGCAGAGCUGAAGGAAGUCGAGGAUCGUCUGGCCUCACUACAGAAGACUUUGGAGGAAAAGACUGAAGAGAAAGCUCGGCUGGAGUUCCAGGUGGACCUCUGUGCUCGCAAGCUGGAGAGAGCCGAGAAGCUUAUUGGUGGUUUAGGAGGAGAAAAGUCAAGGUGGCUGAAAGCAGCCAAUGAUCUUCAGUGCACAUAUGAUAACUUGACAGGUGAUGUGCUGAUAUCUGCUGGUGUUAUUGCUUACCUGGGAGCUUUCACUGCCAGCUUCCGCAAUGACUGUACUAAAAUGUGGGCCAAGCUCUGCAAGUCAAAGAAGAUCCCAUCCUCUGAUGACUUCUCUUUAAGUAAGACGCUUGGAGAUCCAAUCAAGAUCAGGGCCUGGAAUAUCGCUGGCCUACCCACUGACAGCUUCUCCAUUGACAAUGGUGUUAUAGUGAGCAACUCCAGAAGAUGGCCAUUAAUGAUAGAUCCGCAGGGCCAGGCUAACAAAUGGGUGAAAAACUCUGAAAAAGUGCAUAACCUGAAUGUGAUUAAGCUAACUGAUGCCGACUACAUGAGAACACUCGAAAACUGCAUCCAGUUUGGUACUCCACUGCUGCUGGAGAACGUAGGAGAGGAGCUUGACCCCUCCUUAGAGCCGCUGCUGCUCAAACAAGUUUUCAAACAAGGGGGUGUGGACUGUAUCAGAUUGGGCGAGAGUGUGAUUGAGUAUUCGACUGACUUCCGCUUUUACAUCACUACAAAGCUGAGGAACCCUCAUUACCUGCCUGAACUAGCUACCAAAGUUUGCCUUCUGAACUUCAUGAUUACACCAGAAGGCCUUGAAGACCAGCUGCUUGGCAUUGUGGUAGCAAAAGAGAGACCUGAAUUAGAGGAGGAGAGAAAUGCCCUGAUCCUUCAGUCUGCAGCCAAUAAGAAGCAGCUUAAGGAGAUCGAGGACCAAAUCCUGGAGACUUUGCAGUCCUCAGAGGGGAACAUCCUGGAAGACGAGAGUGCCAUCCAGAUCUUGGAUGCUGCCAAGAUCAUGUCUAAUGAGAUUACUAAGAAACAGCAGAUUGCAGAGAAGACUGAGAUUGAAAUAGCCGAGUCGAGAGAGGGCUACAGAGCCAUCGCUAAGCACUCCUCCAUCCUCUUCUUCAGUAUUGCAGACCUGGCCAACAUUGACCCCAUGUAUCAAUACUCUCUCAACUGGUUUGUCAACCUUUAUGUCAACUCCAUACUUGACAGCAACAAAUCAAAGAAUCUAGAGAAGAGACUCAGAUACCUGACUGAUCAUUUCACCUAUAACCUGUACUGCAAUGUGUGCCGUUCUCUCUUUGAGAAGGACAAACUCCUCUUCUCGUUCCUGCUCUGUUCUAACUUACUGCUAGCUAAGGGGGAGAUUGAGUACUCUGAAUUUAUGUUCCUGCUUACUGGGGGUGUUGGCCUUCAAAAUAACGUCUCCAACCCUGAUCCAAACUGGCUGCCUGAUAAGAGCUGGGAUGAGAUCUGCCGGGCCAGUGAUCUUCCUGCCCUUCAGGACCUUAAGGAGAGCUUCAUUAAGAGUCCUGAGAGUUUCCUGCCCAUUUAUGACAAUAAGGAGCCAUACAACACAGCUUUGCCCAAGCCCUGGUGUGAUAAACUCAACGAACUUCAAAAAAUGAUCAUUUACCGAUGCCUUAGGCCUGAUAAAAUUGAGCCAGCAAUCAGCAAAUUUGUGACUGACAAACUGGGAAAGAGAUUUGUUGAACCACCUCCGUUUGACCUCAGUAAGAGCUACUGUGACUCCAACUGCACCAUUCCCCUGGUGUUCGUUCUCUCUCCUGGAGCAGAUCCUAUGGCUAGUCUGCUGAAAUUUGCCAAUGAUAAGAACAUGGGUGGUUCCCAAUUUAAAUCCAUCUCUCUGGGACAAGGCCAGGGUCCCAUAGCAGUGAAGAUGAUCCGCUCAGCCAUGAAGGAGGGCACCUGGGUGUGCUUGCAGAACUGCCACCUGGCCGUUUCCUGGAUGUCCACUCUGGAGAAGAUCUGUGAGGACCUCUCCCCAGACACAUGCCAUCCAAACUUCCGUCUUUGGCUUACCAGCUACCCAUCACCCAUGUUUCCAGUGACCAUCUUGCAGAAUGGAGUGAAGAUGACUAAUGAGCCUCCCACUGGCUUGAGGUUAAAUCUGUUGCAGUCGUAUCUUUCUGACCCCAUCUCUGACCCUGAGUUUUUUGCAGCCUGUCCUAACAAAGAGCUAGUCUGGGAGAAGCUCUUGUACGGGGUUUGCUUCUUCCAUGCUCUUGUCCAAGAGAGGAAAAAGUUUGGGCCACUGGGAUGGAACAUUCCUUAUGGAUUUAACGAGUCGGAUCUGCGUAUUAGUAUCAGACAGCUGCAGCUCUUUGUGAAUGAGUACCAGGAGGUUCCCUUUGAGGCCAUCACGUAUCUGACUGGAGAGUGCAACUACGGAGGACGUGUAACAGAUGACUGGGACCGUCGCCUCCUCAUGACAAUCCUCGCUGACUUCUACAACAAAGACAUUAUUGACCACCCACGCUACUCCUUCUCCCCCAGUGGCAAUUAUUAUGCACCUCCAAAGUCAAUCUAUGAAGACUAUGUGGAGUUUAUCAAGAACCUGCCUUUUAACCAGCAUCCCGAGGUGUUUGGCAUGCAUGAGAAUGUGGACAUCUCCAAAGACCUUCAACAGACAAAACUACUAUUUGAUUCCCUCAUCCUGACCCAGGGUGGUGGCUCAAAGGGAGGGGGCGGCUCUGGCGGGGAUACCACUCUACUGGACAUUGCUAAUGACAUCCUGUCUAAACUUCCGGGUAAUUUUGACAUUGAGUCUGCCCUUGUCAAAUUCCCUGUGUGUUAUGAGGAGAGCAUGAAUACAGUGCUUGUGCAGGAGAUGCAGCGGUAUAACAAUUUGAGCAGUACUAUACGUGUGAGUCUGCAGAACCUGAUAAAGGCCAUUAAGGGGCUGGUGGUGAUGGAUGCAGAGCUAGAGGCUGUAGCCGGUAGUCUGCUGGUGGGGAAAGUGCCAGAAAAGUGGGCCAAAUGCUCCUAUCCCAGUCUCAAGCCACUGGGCAGCUAUGUCAACGACUUCCUAGCCAGACUCAAAUUUCUACAGGACUGGUACGACUCCCAGAAGCCCCAUGUAUUCUGGUUGUCUGGGUUUUUCUUCACUCAGGCUUUCAUAACAGGAGCCUUGCAGAACUACGCCAGGAAGUACUCCAUCCCCAUUGACCUGCUUGGCUUUAAUUACGAGGUUCUGCCAUUCGACACCUCCGACUCAUCUCCUGACGAUGGAGUCUACAUUCAUGGCCUUUUCCUGGAUGGAGCUCGGUGGGAUAAAAAAAGUGGAGUGUUGGCCGAACAGUAUCCCAAAGUUUUAUUUGAUGCAGUCCCUAUCAUCUGGAUUAAACCAACGGACAAGAGGGGCAUGGAACACCCCAACAGCAUCUAUGUGUGUCCCCUCUACAAGACCAGUGAGCGUAAAGGUACACUGUCCACCACUGGCCAUUCAACCAACUUUGUCAUCAGCAUGACGCUCCCUACCAGCAAGCGUCCUCAGCACUGGAUAAAGAGAGGCGUGGCUUUGCUAUGUCAACUAGAUGAUUGACACCGAACCCCUUUGACUUCUGAACCAGCACUUUAUUUACUGUUCUCACACAUGGCUUUUAUGAUUUUCCACUGUGUCCAUUAAAAAUAUUAUCUCAGCAAAUAUUUUUGAUCAACACAUCAUAAUUCUAUACGAUUGUCCUCUUUACAUGUGUUUUUCAAGUACAUCUAGAAUAUCUACAUUGAUCUUUUAUUCCAGGAGAUCCAGACAGGUAAAAAUAUUUUUCAGUAUAGAAUUUGAAUAAGGU